CUUAUGCAAAAAGUGUUGAGCCUCAGGUCCACCCGUGUCCUCGAACGAGAAACUCCAAACAUAAGGGAACAUUACACCCUUGGCCAUAAGCUUGGGCAGGGUAAGUUUGGUACGACGUACCUCUGCACCGAGAUCACCACCAGGUGCCAGUACGCGUGCAAGUCCAUCUUGAAGGCCAAGUUCUGCCACACGGAAGAUAUCGAGGAUGUGCGACGUGAAAUCCAGAUAAUGCACCAUCUCUCGGGCCAGAAGAACAUAGUCGCAAUCAAGGAUGAGUAUGAGGACAAAGAGGCCGUGCACAUCGUCAUGGAGCUUUGUGCAGGCGGAGAACUAUUUGACCGCAUUCAUCAAAAAGGACAUUAUAGUGAGCAUAAGGCUGCUAAGCUGACAAGAGUUAUCGCUGGUGCCAUAGCGAAGUGCCAUUCACUUGGGGUGAUGCAUCGGGAUCUCAAGCCAGAAAACUUCCUCUUGGUGGAUAAAGAUAAUGAUUUGUCUAUAAAAGCAAUCGAUUUUGGUCUGUCUGUGUUCUUCGAACCAGGCCAGAUUUUCACUGAUUUAGUGGGAAGCCCAUUUUACGUUGCUCCAGAGGUAUUGGGUCAGCAUUAUGGACCUGAGGCUGAUGUAUGGGCAGUUGGAGUGAUACUCUAUAUAUUGCUAAGUGGCGACCCGCCAUUUUUGGGAGAUACGCAAGACAAAAUAUUUGCUAAAAUUCGGGAAGGACGUGCUGAUUUGGAAUCAAAACUGUGGCCCACUAUAUCCGACAGUGCAAAGGAUCUUGUAAGAAAAAUGCUCUGUCCUUCUCCAGCAGAGCGUUUGAAGGCCCAUGAAGUGUUAGAGCAUCCCUGGAUAUGUGAUAUUGGAGUGGCUACUGAACAAGCUAUGGACCCAAGUGUUCUUUCUCGUCUCAAUCAAUUCUAUUCAAUGAAUAGGUUAAAGAAAUUGGCUCUGCAAGUUAUUGCUGAGCGUCUUUCAGAGGACGAGCUUGCUGGGUUAAGGGAAACGUUCAAGGCAAUGGACACUGAAAAUACAGGAUUGGUUACUCUUGGUGGAAUUACUGAUUCGAUGGAAGCGGCUGAUAAUGACGCCACAAAGACUGUCAACUCGGAGGAUUUUAUUGCUGCAUCAGUACCUCUUACUAAAUUGGAACACGAUGAACACCUGAUGGCAGCCUUUACAUAUUUUGACAAAGAUGGAAGUGGUUAUAUCACGGUCGACAAGCUUCAGAAAGCUUGCGUCGAACGCAAUGUGGAAGAUAAAUUCCUCGAAGAGACAAUACUGGAGGUUGAUCAAAACAAUGAUGGUAAAAUCGAUUACGCCGAGUUUGUAGUGAUGAUGCAGAGCAACAACUUAGGGAUGGAGGGCAGCCUGAAUGUAGCCAUGAGGCAGACACCGCGAGUAUACUGAAGCUCCUCUUGCGCUCACCGCUCAGCCGAUCCAAUCACAACCAUCCAAGCGAAGAGAACCCUCAAAAUUAUUACCAGCGGUAAAACACUGGCUGGCAGGUACUUUGGCGACCUGGCCUGGGAAGUGGGAAAUGUUUCUGUUGCAUGUUAUACUGUCUGUCGUUUUGGCCGGACUCGGUCGAUGUGUGCUUGCAGGGAUAGGAGGAAAACGUGUUGUCCGCAGCUCUUUUCCCCUACUCCUGUAUCUGCUGUGUUGUUUAUUUUAUGCACAUUGUGUGGUAUUUCUGCACAUCGUGUGGUAUUAUAAAUUUGUAAUGGAUCAUUAUGAGUUUCCUUCGAUGAUGCUGUACCAGAUGUUAAUGCUACCAUCCGUGUCGAUGUUUGUGUUUCGUUCCUGCCCCACUGUCAUCCUGUGGUUCAUCAGUAGGUGUGCCACAUCUUAUCAAAAGUUUGACAAAACGCUGGAACGACCAACCCCAUUCACCGUUGAGACGUACUCCCUCUGUCCCGAAAAGAUUGGCGUGGGGGUCUUCACAGGUCCACUUUACAAAAAAAUCAGACACUUCACAAUUAUUACAAAUCACACUUCAAGAGAUGGUUUCGUCCAUGCGGCCGAGCAUGGUGUGGGUGUUGCCAAGCUGCAUCCAGCCGGAGAAGGCGGCGAGCGCCCACUCCCCCCUUCCGCUGCUCCUCCUCAUCCUUCUCGGGAUGCUGUUGCGGCGGCGGCGGAACCGGCCUACUCCUCUCCCCAUCAGGCACAAGGUCGACGCCACGCACGAUGACGACGGCGAUGGCACGCUCGAGGACCGGGACAGCGACGACGUGGCGCCCGAGAUCGCCAUGGAUCGUGGUGGCGACAUGGAGGGAGGCUCAUGGUGAGCUCCAGCAAAGCACUCUCCCCACGACGCUCUA